CUUCGACUGUCUCUCUAUCUGAAAAAGAUCGAGACAAUAACGGUCGUCAAAGGCAGUUUUACUCUUUCGGAAACGCAGUCAGGCGAUUAUUUCGAUUUACUCCUCGAUCGACAAGAACAAUCCGGUCCGCUCCGCAUCGAACAGCAUCGGUUCUCUGACGCAUUCAAAAUCUCGGGAUUACAACAGUUACCCAACCUGUAUCGACUGAGAUUGGACUGCUGCCCGUCCGAUAUUGAGGAUCAUCAUGGUCCACCAGAUCGACGCAUCUGUCUCGUCCUUGAAGAAACACACGAACUCUACGAUCGCUCCAUAAAGAUCGAGCAAUUGAUAUCCGAGCAGGGCAAUUUGGAUUGGCAUAACUCUUCCAUCGAGAUCGAAGCUGCCUUUUCUCGAUUGGAUUCGAUCCGAUUCAUGAAGAACACGAACGCAAGUGAACAUCGCACCGUAGAUGUUGUGGACUUCAUCGCAAACGAACUGGCGUUUCGAGCGGAGUCAUGGUUAGAAGAAGGGGAGGAUUGGGGGCGCAUCGACCGGGUCAAGAGUCUCACCAUCGAAACGGCGAUCAGCUGCGAAGGCCUUGUCACCGUUCUAGACUUUUUCAGAGAGCUAGAAACACUCCGGGUUGAGCUUCAGAAAGACGGCAAAGGCGAAGCUAUAGCUGCCGGUGGUCUUCUCGAAACCCUCAGAACGUCUACUUCGAACCUGAAACACGUGAAUAUCUCUGGCGCAGGCAUCGAAUGGCUUGUCCACUUUCGUCAAUGCGACACCGUUCAUUUGACGUGCUUCGGGCCAGUGAGCAAACUUCUUCCGUGGGAAGUAUAUGAUCCCCUAGAUGAUCGGGCGGGGGAACCUUCAAAGUUGAAGAGUCUCCAUCUGGACCUGCGAUCCAUCACACCUCUUGUCGAACCCAAAACUCUCAUCGACUUCAUUAAACGCCAAACCAACGAUUCGACCGAGAUUUCGGUAUACGGCAACGGGAUACCGCAUGACUCCACGGCAGGGUGGACCGAGAAGAUUAUGGUGCGCGAGGAGGUUUUGAGGAAAGCGCAGGAAACGAAGCGAAACAUCUCUUCGAACCCGUGAUCUUCGGAUUAUGGGCUUCCCGCAUCAUGAGCGCAAAUCUUCUACCGUUACCAGCGAACGGGGAGGAUUCAGCUUUGUACCCUUUCGAGGGUCGCAAUAUCACGGGCCUAGAGAACAUCAAUGGUUUCGCCAACAGUAUAUACAUCAACAGAUGAGCAUGCAGAGUCGUUAUGUUGCUACCGAAUUGUAAUCGAAAG